AUGAACGUCUUCCGGAAACCACUGGAGAACGAGAGAAACCUAAACGCAUCACUUUACGUUGGAAAUCUAGAUCCACAGGUCACGGAGCCUCUACUAUACGAGCUCUUCAUUCAAGUUGGACCUGUCCGACUGUUAAAUCUACCCAAAGAUAGGAUUCUGAGGACCCACCAGGGGUUUGGAUUUGUCGAGUUCAACAAUUCAGAUGAUGCCAGCUAUGCUGUAAAUGUUCUCAAUGGCGUUCGACUCUUUGGCAAAACUUUGAAGAUGAAGAAAACCGACCAUUCAGGUAGUCAAGAUCUGAAGUCGGUCAUGAGUGUGGGGGCCAGGCUUUUCAUCAAGAACUUGAGUCCGUUGGUUGACGAAAAGUACUUGAAAGAAACAUUCUCUAGAUUUGGAAAUCUUAUAGAGUCACCUUCGAUUGUGAAGGAUGAGAAUGGAAUCUCAAAGGGCCGUGGGUUUAUAGAGUACGAAGACUUUGAGAGCAGCGAUAUGGCCAUAGCUAAAAUGGAUGGAACCUUGUUAAUGAACAAUCGUAUAUCGUUGGCAUAUGCAUAUAAGGAGGGACUCGAGCACCAAAAAAUUCAACACGGAGAUGAAGUGGACAGAAAAUUGGCCCAACAAGGGAAAGAGAAUCUACGAACAGAAAAGAAGGUCCAAAAAGGCAAGAGAAGAAGAAACUAA